AUGAAGUUAUGGCCAGAAGGCGAGUUGUUGGAUGAGAAAAGCUGGAAAAAACUAGCGAUGCAUACGAGGUGCUCUCUGUGCCACUGUCGUGGUUGGAAAUUAAUGUGUGACAGUGAGAAUCCGUAUGUGAUAACCAGUGCUUUUCUUGAUGAUGUUCUCUUUUCGACACCUUGCGAAACAUGCAGGCACUCUCUUGGAAGACAUUUAGACAGGUUACGAGAGAAGAAAAGAAAUGAUAUUAGAAAAUUGUUGUUCAUGAUGUCAGAUGCAGAGAAGAUGCAAGAAAGGCUGAUUGGGGAUGAGCCUUCUGAAAUUCUGCAGAUCGUUAAGCAAACUCAGAGAACUUUAACAAAAGAAAUCGCUAACGGUAGUUGUGAACGAUUAAUUGCAUCUUCCUUUGGAUUUCCGCCGUUUGAGCCCAUAUCGAUUGAAGACAUUGUUUCACAUUUCGUUGUCAGCAAAAGCACUGGGAAACAAAAGGAACUGGAAAAUAUUGUACAAACAGCAUCAAAUUUCUUAUGCACGAUAAAUGACUGGAACAUACCACCUGUAAAAAUAAUGCAGGAAAAAUUGUUGUGUUCAAAUCUGUUGUCUUAUCGUAUCAUUUAUGCAAGAUGGUUACGAUUCUGUUUCUUACCAAAGAAGCACGGGUCGCUUCGACCAUAUUGUGUUAUCAAGAUAUUUGGUCGCAAAUUUCUAAUCACUUUGCUUCCAUUUUUCGUAAUUGACGUGAAAGAGCAUACUAGUUCCUUGAAAGAUCAAGUCACCGGAGAACUAAUUGAUUUUGUAUCCGAUUUGAGAAAAAAUUUAAACUGCCAUGAUUCAGUGACAGAUUCAUCGACAAUGCUUACUUUUCCGGAAGGAGUUCCUCGUCCUACUCACAAACGAGGAUGUUCCAUUUGGGCUGCUGAUCCUCAUCUAGAUAUGACUGCAGAUUUUCUUGAAGCAGAUUUAGCCUUUCAAGGAUCUGAGCAGUCAAAUUCAACCAUGCACCUUGAAAUGAGACGUGAGUUUGAUGAAUCUUUGAUGGUACGGUUCAUUGCUCGUAUGGAAUUAACAUGUAGGGUAUCGAAAUCUUUGGUGCACAAAAUGGAUGCUUUUGAAGUAGACGUUGCUAGAAGUGAAGUGUCGCGAUUGGAAGAAUAUAAUGGUGUCAUUUCUUUCCAUGUAAUUUCAAAUAAUUUUGACUGGCAUCAGAGCCGUCAAAAGCUUACAUGGUUAUUGCAACUGCAGUGUUUGUUUAGUACACAGUUGCCUCGCAUGCCUAAAGAAUAUAUCACGAGACUUGUAUUCGACAGUCGUCACAAAAAUCUGGUCAUCGUCAAAAAAGAGCGAGGCGUUAUUGGAGGCAUUUGCUUUAGGCAAUUUCCAGCACAAGGGUUUAUCGAAAUCGUAUUUUGUGCUGUAACUGCGAAUGAACAGGUGAAAGGUUAUGGUACUCGUUUGAUGAAUCAUUUGAAAGAUUAUCAUGUGGGAGCAUGUCAUAUAUAUCACUUCUUGACAUAUGCAGAUGAAUUUGCUGUUGGUUAUUUCAAAAAACAGGGUUUUUCCGAAAAAAUAGCGAUGGACAAAAAACAGUAUCAUGGUUACAUCAAAGACUACGAAGGGGCGACGUUAAUGGGCUGCCAGUUACAUCCGUGGAUAGUUUAUACAAGUUUUGCGGUUUUCUUGAAACGUCUUCAUGAUCUCUACCGAAAUGCUGUGAAAGAAAGCUUCUUCAAGGAAGAGAAGAAAUGUGCAGGAAUUGAAAACGUCUUUCUGUGGCAUGCAGGUUCAUUAGUCCCUUAUGCCGAAUUACCUGGGUUAGAACAAUGUGAAGAUAAAUCAAUGCCGCAUGAAGAACUUGAGUACAAAAUUCGAAACAUUCUUCAUAAACUGAGGACUGAUAAAUCAUCAUGGCCAUUUCUAAAACCAGUGAAUGCGGAAGAAGUCCCGGAAUACUAUGGUUACAUUAAAUUUCCUACUGAUUUAAAGACGAUGAAUGAACGCUGUAGGGCGAAGUAUUAUGUGCACGAAAGACUGUUUGUUGCCGAUCUUCGACGAUUAUUUAGCAACUGUUUUAAAUUCAAUGCACCUAAAACGUUGUAUUAUAAAGCAGGAUAUGAUUUGGCAGAGAUUGCUCGAAAGCUUUGUCAGAAAGCAUUUCCACAUUUGGAUAUAUAUCCAGAACUUCCUGAUGCAAAACCCGAAUUGUAG